CUUUGCGUUGUAGUGGUGCGGUUUGGUCUGAGUCUGGCAGGGAGUUUGCAUUCUUACAGGGUCGUUGUACGUCAAACUUUGCAGCAACUAUUAGACUCGAAUGAUAUGUUAGCCGUGGAAGGCACCCGUCCAUCUUGAAUUUUUAGUCAACUCUGCUGCUAAGUACUGAGAAUAAUGGUUCGCGGGCAGACUUUGCGCGUCCACCUAACCGGCGGAGCUCCUUGGGGCUUUAGACUGCAGGGCGGUUCAGAUAGCAACCUCCCUAUAACUAUUUCUAAGAUUCGACGUAGAAGUAAAGCGAAUCUUGCCAAGCUAGAAGAGGGAGAUGAAAUAGUUGCAAUUAACGGUAAAAGUUGUGAAGGCAUAACACGUGAUGGAGCAAUGACAUAUAUAGACAAUGCAAAUGAAACUCUGGAUGUUGAAAUUUUAAGACGAGAAACAAAUAACAACUUAUCUGGUAUACAGAGUAGUACACCAGUCAAAGCUCCGGCCAUGGCACCAGUUACAGUUACACAUGCUGAAGGGGUGUCAGUGAGAAGACGGAGACAGGAAAGAUCCACUACUACAAAAGACGGUCAUGUGAUCACAGAGAAUAUCACUGAAACUAUAACUGAGAAUCACCAUGGCGACAAGGAACAAAACAAAACACGUCAAGAAUUUACUCAUAAUAUACCAACCAGAUCUGAAAGCUCACUAACCAAUGGCAGUACCCCAGGCACACUCCAGUUCAAGUUUCAAGCUCCGCAAUUUAAUCCUAUGAGCAUACCUGUUGGACCACCACCAAAAACUGGAGUAUGGUCACCAGGUAGCCAACAACAAUCAGAACGCCGCCAGACAACCACUACUACGUACCAUGACACCCCAGAUCGCCGCCAAUCGACCACUACAACAACUAUCACCACAAGCCACUCAACACCUCAAGAAAAAACGCCAAUGCAGGCUACACAUUCUACAACUAGGGUGAUUCAACCUAUGGGCACAUGGCAACCAAAUAAAGCAAGUACACCCAGACAUGAAGAGAUUGAAAUAACGUUAACUCCGGGAAUCAGACAUGAAAUCAAGCUUCCAGAAUCUCCAAUCACACCCAUCUCCAUGGUUACAUCACCUCAGACUCAACAAAUGCCAGAAGAAGAUAAAUCGAAUCCCAGUAUUUUAGAUGACCCAAGUCUUAUUCUUGCCGGAAUGGGUCCAGGACGGGAAGAAUCAAACAUUGAAUCGAAGAAAAAAAGCAAAUCAAAAAUUCAUGGGCAGCGACCAUUUUCCUAUGCUGGUUACAGCAAUGUGGAGGAUGAGGAUGAUGUGUUUGCCAGUGUUGAUGACCAGAAACGAAUAUGUAAAAAGAUUUCUGACUUGUUGAUGUUCCCAACCAACAAACAAGCCAAAGGUGCCAAAAUGUUCAUGAAAAGAAGAAAGAAAUCAGCCAAGUGGACUAAAGAGGGCAUGGGUACAAGACAUGUUGAUGAAUACGAGUCUAUGCCAGAGUUAUAUCAACCUACAACGCCCGUUACUCCGUUCAAUCCACUGACCCCGCAGCCACCUCCACCACCGCCACCGAUGCCUCCUAUGCCUAACAAUAUUGAUGAAGAUGAUCCGUCGCGGCUUCUAUUUCAAUUUCAUAUUCCUAACAUAAAUACGCGCAAAACGACACCAGUCACUCCUAAAGCACCCCGUACAAUUACAAUAGAACCAACAAACUUUAAUAUUAACCUGCGAGACCCGCAAAAGUGUGCGCAUACUGCCGUUAGUCCUAAUUUGUGCAGCAUGUUGGCACAAGACUUGAAAUCAGCUGGUGGGCGAGCUUCUCAGAUGUUUGCGAAGAGACAAAAACGAGUUGAAAAAUUUGUAACGGAUGAGUCAAAUGUGAAAGUUCCUCAAGUAAUCGCGACAGAAGUUGAUAAUGCCCCAGGUGGUGCUAUUAAAGUAACACUUAAAGGAAUAUCGAGUGAAAUGCCAUCUGAAAAAAGACCAGUAGUAGCGAAACAUAAAACGCCCUGGGAAGCUGCGAUGGAAUCACCGUACGGAGCAGUGGAUGGUGCCUUUGACCAUAUUGACACUGGACCAAUGAAAGUGCAGGUAAACAUACCAAAGAAUAUGGUAAAAAAGAAUGCACCAGCAUCAACUACCAUGGCAACGGGAAUGGCUCAACCACCAGUGUCAUGGACAGCAUCCUCGGUUUCACCAAUGAAAGAGAACGUCAAAAUAUCGCCUGUGCCCCAAAUACGCCCCAAAUUUAAAGCUUCCACACCAGUGUCUGAGAGUGAGCAAGGCAAUACUUUCAAACCGUUUGAAGCAAAUUAUAACCGAAAGCCUCGAGGUUGGUCACCGGUCGGCGGCACAAACCGAUCAGCUUCUCCCGCAACAUCUGAUGUGUCGGCUACAUCAGAUACGCGAUCCUUGCCAUCUUCAUUUACUGACUUCAAUCCUAAACCUAGAGCCUGGGCGUCACCAAGCAACGAAUCAGCAGCAUCUUACGGUUUUCAGCCCGUUAGUUCCUCUAUGAUGGAAAGCGAAGACUUGUAAAAUGGAGGAUGUAUUGCUGAGUGUAGUUGGUAUGGUAACGAUUAGAUAAUGGAUGGAUUUUCUACUAUUGAAGAUUUCGUGUUUUUGAAAUUCAUGCAUUUUGAAGUAGUAGACUGAAUAUCCAAAUGUUGCAGAAAUAGCAAUUAUUGUGAUAAGCCAGAAAAAAAAGAUAAAUAAAUAAAAAUCAAUAAUGUUGACAUGAAGAUCUGCACGUUAUGUGCACUGUGUAAAAUUGCUUUCAGUUAAUACUGAAAAAUAUGGUCUCGAGUUUAACCCGAUGAAUUUCUGAACUCCUAUUGGUUCAAAUUCAGACACAAUACAGAUUGUGUGGAUUUUAACCCAAUGAGGGUGAGCCUUACAAACCAGCGCUGGUUAAAUAACCCUCUAGAAGUCAAAGACGGCAAAAUUGUUGUCCGACAUCUAGAUUUUUUUUGCAGCAACUCAAAUGAUUGUGUUUUAUGGAAACAUGCACUAAAACCGAUUUGAAAUAAAAGUAUGUUUUAUAACUAUAUGUACAAAAUGUAUAUAGUAUGUGCGUAGAUUGAAACUUAAAUAGGUUUUAGAAAUGAUUCUAAAAACCUGGUUGAUACUGCCAAGUAGACAUUUCUUGUAAAUCUGUAUGUAUUUAAAGAUGCAUCAUUACGAUAACUCAAUUGGGGUUAAAAUAAGCAAAUUUCUUAACAAAUUGCUUAUGUUUUAGUCUCAAUGAUUAUUUCAAGUUUUAUUUCCUUUGAAUUUAUUUUAAAUGUAUUUCUCCUCAUUUUUAUACCAAAGUAACAAACAAUCGGAUACCGUGCUGAUAACAAUUCCACCAUCAUUUUCAUUACACUGAAUUUUGCAACCAUGUUUCAUUCAUUUAUUUUAGUAAAUAUGAAUGUUUCAGUUUUUGUUGAUACUGACAUGAAAAAUCUUCAGAACGUUUUGUCGUUGAUAAUGUAGUGUAUAUUCACUGGUGCAAUAGUAUUUUACUCUGUUUUAUAAUGUGCUGUUCUAUUCGUAUUUAUAUUUUGUAUUUAAUUUAUCGUAGAUUGUAGUUGUCUUUGUAUUUCAUGCUGACUAAUGGCUACAAAUUAGAAAGUUGUGUCAAAAAAAGGACAAAAAAAAUAUUAAAAAAAUUAUUUUGACUCCCCUGUGUUGGCAAGGUGACAGCUUUGUUGAAGCAGCGUUCGUGUGUACGGUUGGCUGGUGUAUAUUCUAGGGUUAAGCCACCAUUGCAGUUAUUGUAGUAGACAUUUUUGCUUUUUUUUCAGUUUAAUUCUACCUGUAAUGAAGCAAUCUUAUGUCUGGGUGUAAACGUAGUUUAGAAGGGCUGUGUUCUGUUUUAGAAAUGAACUGAAUUAUGGAUUGUUUUCUAUUAGUAUUUUAUUUUGAAUACUCACACAUUUGAAAUGAGCGUGCAUACAUAUAUUAAGUUUUCACAAUCAUGAAAAUCAAGUUUUAAAAUAUAAUUGAUUUUUUUGAGCUGCUGGAAUGCAUGGGAGUGUGAAUUGGCCCAGUUAAUAAUAAUUACUUAAUGUCUUGCAAGGAAUUGUGGGAUAUGGGACAGACUAAUUUGAAAAGGGUGGUGCACAAUGAUAUUUGGAUAAGUAUAUACCAUUAUCUGGAGAUGUUUUUCCGAAUAUCAUAUGGGGAAGACCAGAUAAUGCAUCUGGAAGACUCUAGUGACAAUUCUCAGUUGGUUUUCAUCGCAAAAUGUAUGGACCCCCUCAGACAGAAAUGUAAACUGCACCCCUCCUAAUCAAAAUGACUUGACCCAAUAUACACAGUUCACAUAAAGUGCAGCAAAACAGACCUGCUCAAAUUGCAACUUGUAAUAAUAUGUAGUAUUAAUCUCAUGUCCAGGUCUCCAUCUGAUCAAUUAACAUGUGGUAAAGCACUGCCCAGUGAGUGCUGUUAAAGGUUGUGCUGUCACAACUUACAUUGAGUCAGUGGUACAAACUAAAUUGUACAAAAGUUAUAGAUAUGUGCUAGAACCUAGCAUAGGAUCAUAGUCGAAUAAUCUACAGCAGUUUGAUCAGAUUUCUAAAAUACUCGUGUUUACAACUUCCAAUAACUUGUGACAGCACGCCUUUAAGAUAUGAUUCCACCAUACUUGAGAUGAGAUUGAGUAUUUUAAAAAUUGUCACUCAA